GGGGGUUCAGAAGAUAAAGAAAAUGAGGUCCAGUACAUCAAUAUCUCAAGGGGUCAAAGGACAGUCCAAGCCGUUCAUUCAGAAUCAUGGCGGUGUUCUCCAGAUUCUUGGAUGAAUCUGGUAAGAAAUUGGGUUUGCCGGUGUUGGGUAUUACCCGUGGUGUGUACACGGCUUGCGUACUCAGCUACAUCAUCAAAGUUGGUUAUCCCAAGUGGGUUCAAGGAAGGAAGGCCACUGUCAAGGACCAAGAUGACGAGGAAACGGCGAUGGCCACCAAUAUCGUUUCGGCUCGACAAAACAGCGUCAAGAAGGGACCCGCGGUGAACAAGGAAUUUGCCGAUAGGCUUCGACGUCUGCUGAAGAUCAUGAUCCCUGGAUUCUGGACCAAAGAGUUCGGCAUGCUGAGUUUGCACACCUCGAUUCUGAUUUGUCGCACUUUUCUGUCCAUUUAUGUGGCGGGAUUGGAAGGUCGUAUGGUUAGGUUCAUCGUUCAAAAGGAUGUUCAAAACUUUGGUCUGAUGAUGAUCAAAUGGUUUGGGGUGGCUAUUCCGGCAACCUUUAUCAAUUCCUUGAUCCGAUUUGUCGAAAGUCAAUUGGCCUUAGCUUUUCGCACACGGUUGGUGGGCUACGCCUAUAAGCUCUACUUCAAAAACCAAACAUAUUACCGGGUGUCGAACUUGGAUUCUCGAUUGGAGAAUGCAGAUCAUUGCCUGACGGAUGAUAUCAGCGCUUUUUCCUCCACGGUGGCCCAUUUAUAUUCACACAUUUCCAAACCGAUGUUGGAUUCAGCUUUGAUUUUGUUUCAGUUGUUCAGGCUCUCGAAGAUGCAAAAGGCCAAUAGCCUGGCUACCCCCAUUAUCACCACAUUGGUGACCACACUGACAGGCGAAGUGCUUCGUUGGGCAUCUCCCAAAUUUGGAAAACUGGUCUCAGAAGAAGCCAACCGAAAAGGCUACCUGCGCUAUGUCCAUUCUAGGAUUAUUACUAAUGCUGAGGAAAUAGCCUUCUACGGUGGACAAGAGGUGGAGUUGAAUGCUCUGCAAAAGGCUUAUCGAUCGAUGGUCAACCAGAGUCAGAAGAUAUUUAAUCAACGCCUUUGGUACGUCAUGUUGGAACAGUUCCUCAUGAAGUACGUUUGGGCAGGAACUGGCAUGGUCGUCAUCGCCAUACCCAUCUUGACCAGUCAGCAAUCCAAAAUGGGCGGGGAAGGCGCUGUUUCCGACCGAACUGAGUACUACGCCACUGCCAAGAACCUCUUGUCCUCCGGAGCUGAUGCCAUGGAGAGGCUCAUGACGGCUUACAAGGAAAUUGUGGAGUUGGCCGGGUACACGGAGCGAGUGAGCACGCUGGUCCAAGUCUUUGAAGAUUGUUCCGUGGGCAAAUACCAACGAACUGCCGUUUCGACUGCACUGAAGACGAAAGGAAAACUUGAGCUCGGACUUUCUGAUAUUCUCCAAUUCCGUGAUGGAGUUCCUAUCAUUCGAGGGAAAAUCGUUCAUACUGCCGACAAGAGCACCAUUAAGCUAGAAAACGUUCCCAUUGUGACCCCCAAUUGUGAUAUUGUGGUUCCCAGUCUCACGUUGGAAGUGAAGUCAGGGAUGCAUCUGCUGAUCAGUGGUCCCAAUGGAUGCGGAAAGAGCUCUUUGUUCCGUAUUAUCUCGGGACUGUGGCCUGUGUACGCUGGAACCCUGAGGAAACCUCCGCUCUCGUCCAUGUUCUACAUCCCACAGCGGCCAUACAUGUCCGUGGGAUCGUUGCGAGAUCAAGUGAUCUACCCAGACACCUUGUCAGACAUGAGGGCCAAGGGCUUAUGCGACAAUGACUUGGAAUCUAUUUUGGACAUUGUGCAUUUAAAACACAUUGUCACGCGAGAGGGUGGAUGGAGUAACAUCAAGGACUGGAAGGAUAUUCUAUCAGGAGGUGAAAAACAACGAAUGGGCAUGGCUCGUUUGUUCUACCACAAGCCCCAAUUCGCACUUUUGGAUGAAUGCACCUCUGCCGUGAGCAUUGACGUCGAAGGCCGCAUGUAUGAAGCUGCCAAGGAGUCCAAUAUCACCCUCCUGACAAUAACGCACAGGCCAUCAUUGUGGAAAUACCAUACCCACAUUCUAAAGUUUGACGGCGAAGGCGGAUGGAACUUGGAUGUUUUGGAUUCUGGCGCCAUGUUGAGCCUCAACGAUGAGAAGCAAAAAUUGGAGCGAGAAUUGGCCAGUGUUGCCAAAAUGGAAAGUCGCUACAAGGAGGUGUGCGCUCUUAUCGGUACGGAGGAUCAAAUAGAGCAAUUGGACGAUGAAUAAUAAUCAAUCAUUAAUCAAGUUUAUUUGGCAUUCAAUGACUGCUUGCGGUAUAAAUUGUUAUUGUUCCAAAAAUACUGUUCAGGCGGAUCUCUUGAGCAGGGUAAUCUCAACAUUAUCACUCACACCCUGGAGCAAAAGCUCGGGCUCGUAGGAGACGAUCUUCUUCUUCUUGGCAGCCUUUAAUGUUCCACAAAGGGAUUCUAAGGAAUUCGCCACUUGAUCGUCGUCAAAUAGAGUUUUGAAAAUAACCUGAACCUCCCCAGUGGUAGCAGGGGAGCCCAACCGAUUCAUGUGCUCAACGAGAAGUGAGAUCUCGUGUUCCACGUCGUAUCCCGACGACAUGGUGGCUUCGCUUGAUCUUUUUCCC